CAUACUUGCACUGUUCAGCCAAAACAAAAAAACAAAUAAAUUGGAUUGUUUUAAAAUGCACUUGAUGCUACGUUUAAAAACAAGAUGGAUCCCGUAGUUGCUUAACUGUCAAGUCAUACGAUGUUUCCACCAUGAGUGAUUGCAGGUGAGCUGACUCGGUGUAAGGGAUGGAUGCUACUCAGGCGAUCUCUGACUCUAUUUUGGAGUCAGAUGAAGAAGAAAAUGAGCAGGAGAAUCAAAACAACAGGGGCCUAUCGCCUGCUAAACUUUGUAUCUUGGAAAAUGAGCACAUUCCCAAGACUGAAAUCCCUCUCUAUUUGGGAGACAAUGUGCUUGGUCGAGACCAUAGUUGCUCUUCAGCGCAUUUGUCAGCUCCCUCAAUAUCCAAGCAGCAUGCCACCAUCUCCAUCAUUGUGCACGGAAAACAAAAAUUGAGUUUAGAAGCUUUAAUUUGGGACCUCGGAAGCCUAAAUGGGACUCGGAAAGGUCGGCUGAAGUUGACACCUCAUGUUCGUUAUGCCAUCAGCGAAGGGGACAGUUUAGUCGUAGCUGACAUCCCAUGUCAGUUUAUAAUAUGUCAUGAUGUUUUUAAAUCCUUACAAGGAAGUGCAAAGAACUCUGGAAACCAAGGCUUAGAAAGACGGGCCCAGUUGUCAGAUCCAACGCUAAGAAAAGAAGGCAAUGCAAGUCAGGAGUGUGUCCGUGAAAGCUCUUCAGCUGUCGUCUUUGAGAAUGUGAAGAACACCCCGGUCGGAAAUCGUUGUCUAGCAUUGGAAAAAACUCCGAACCAGCCACAGGAGAUCUUAGUUCCCGAGUCUGACUCGGACUCAGAAGGAGACAGUCACAUCCCGCAGGAUGCAAGGCGAAGGGCUUGUGUGUCAGACUCAGAUUCACAUUUGUCCAGCCCAAAUUCAGCAACGUUUUUGAGCCCAGCAAACAAAAUUGUUCCUGAAAGUGAGGAUGAAAUGUCCACCACUCCUGCAUCUGCUAAUGGAUCUCGCAGUAAUGUCAGGUUUGGUAAGGACAAUUCUGACGCUAAUGUUGGGCAACAGCAACUGAAAAAUCCACUGGAGAUUGCGGAUGAUAGCGAGGAGGAAGGAGCAACCCCGGACCAGUCAGCACUGAAAGAGAAUUCAAAAAGUAUACCGGAGAUUAAAGAGGACAUCACUGAUCCGGGACAAAAGGAGUUGUCGGUUGACUCUGAAGGCAUGAAGGCUGGAUUUGAGAUUCCUGCAUUCAACAUGGACAGUGACACUGAUAUUGAGGGAGAGGAGGAAGGCGCCACCUCAGCUGUUCCGGUGGUGUCGCUGGAAACCCCAAACCUGUCAAAUACAGACAGCUAUCACCUGGACAGUGAUACGGACGUUGAAAACACCGCCGAUGAUGUGUCCUCAUCUGCUGAAAAAAAGCCUCCAGAAAGCGCCCUGCUCCCUCAGGCUGCAGGCUUCAGUCUGGACAGUGACACUGAUAUUGAGGGGGAGGAGGAAAGCGCCACCUCAGCUGUUCCUGUGGUGUCGCUGGAAACCCCAAACCUGUCAAAUACAGACAGCUAUCACCUGGACAGUGAUACGGACGUUGAAAACACCGCCGAUGAUGUGUCCUCAUCUACUGAAAAAAAGCCUCCAGGAAGCGCCCUGCUCCCUCAGGCUGCAGGCUUCAGUCUGGACAGUGACACUGAUGUGGAUGAUGAGGUGUCAGAAAGUGCUGCUAAAGCAGAAGCUGUGCGCGCAGGCGUCGCUGAAUCAGCUCCUUCAGCGCAGCAGAAAGACUUCCACCUUGACAGCGAUACCGACGUGGAUGAUGAGGAAGACAAAAAGUGUGAAUCUGGGGUGAGCAUUCCUCAAGGCCUUCAUCUGAACAGCGACACAGACGAUGAGGUCAGCCAUGACCCGAGUGCAUCAGCGAGCUUUGUUAAGGAAUCGGUAGUUGGAAACAGCAUCACGCAGCCUCCUGGCAUUGCAUCCGAAAACACUGGAGGUGCAUCAGCUAACCAGGCGGAUUCAGAUGCAGACACAGAUGUUAGCGAAGCCCCAAACGCACGUGGAUCAACUAACUUUGGUUUGGACAGUGACACGGAUGUGGAGAUGGACAGUGAAGUGGUUAAGAGGAAUCCCAUCAGUAGCUCACAUGGAAACACAGAUCUUCACCUGCAAAGUUGCUCUACUCCUGUUCAGCUGUCAGGAAAUGAUGCCACGACUGCAACACAGCCUUUUUUGAUGCCUCGUACAUGUGCAGCUGGCUCAGAUGUGAAGCCAUUGUCCGCUGGCUCCGACAGCUUUGACGACGAGGACUUUGUUGUGGCAGAGACGCAGUCUUUCGUGCUUGCGGGCAGAGUUUGCCCAAGGCGACUUCCAAAGGACAUUAGUUCAGAACCCACACAAGCUUUUGUACUGGAGUCGUCUGUGGAGGAAAGUGACACGCAUCUAAGCGGGGAUGAAGAGUCUUUUAAACUGGGAUUGUCUGAGAGCAGCCACUUGCGGAAUCAGGCUGAUGCUAUUGCUUUAGAGAGCACACAACCUUUUGGUGCUGCCAACGGAAGUGUGAGUCAGGAAGAUACACAAGUGUACUCAGCUGAGGACAUUGCAACCACGAGCGAUCCAAAUUUGGAGGAUGUCCAGACCGACGAGCAUGAACAGGGGUCCUCUCUGUGUCCAGUGUUGUUACGUGGAAGUGGGGUCGAUUUGGAAAUGUUGGAAACACAAGCUUUCGUCUUAGAACACUCAGAUUUUGAAGAUAGAUCAGAGGAAGUGCAUCAUGAAAAUCCAACUUCUUCUUUAGCGAUGGCCAUGGCAGAGACACAGCCAAUGUGUGCUGUUGAGGAAGAGGACAGCUCAGAAUCAGACAAUCCAGACCAAACCAAUGGAUCCGAGAAGAGUGCUAAACUUGCUGAGACCACCGGAACUUCACCAAGGCCGUGUGGUGAAGGUCCAUCUGUGGCUGAUGUAAAGACAAGUGAGGAAGACGCACCAUCUGUUUCACACAAAACAGAAGCAAAUCUUCUCCAGAAAACAUCACAAGCGCUUGGAAUACCUGACACGCAGCCUGUAAAUACAAACACGGACAGUGAAGACGAGGACUCCAUGCCCCUAUUCAGAAAAAGAAAAUCUAAACCUCUCCAGCCUGAAGAUGAGUCCCCGUCCUUGAAUAUUAGCGACACCCAACCUGUGAGUACAGUGGGGGACAGCGAUGAAGAACGCUCCAUGCUGAUAUUCAGAAAAAGAAAAGCAAAACCGCUGCAACUGGAAGACGACUCACAGCCUAUGAGUGACCUCGCGAGUGGUGAUAUACAGCCAGGGGUGCCAGAUACUCAGCCGAUACAAACAAACACAGAUGAAGAAAAUGAGACAGGCAUUAUUCUUGGGAAAAGUAGAGCAAAGCGAAAUCGAACUGAGAAUGGAGAUAAGGAAAGUGGUGUCCGAUCAGCUCGGGCUCCACCAAAGGGAAGAGGUAGUCGGCUACGAAGGGCCAAAAAGGACAAUACAGAUGUACAUUUAGCAGAAACCCAACCCAUCACAACCCAUGAAGAUGACCACAGUGAAGAUGAGAAGGUGAUUCCCUGCACUGAUCAUAUUUCAGCUGCUGAUGAGAAGAGCGCUGAUGGUAAACUUGAAGAAGAGUCGAACAUAGAAUCUCAUCGUUCCUCUGUGACCUCUCGACCCAGCCGAAGAAAAAACACCCUGCGGAAUGAGAUGGGAGAAGAGGAGCAGCCUGGUCCUAGUAACAGGAGAAGUAGAGUCACAAGGGUGAAAUCACUUGAAGAUGCUGAGUCUUCUGGAUCUGCUAAGAUGGAUGCAAAAGACUGUAAAGGUGCUCGAAGCAGGAGAGCCAAAUUAAGUUCUGUUGAGACAGAAGAUGAGAAACCAGAGAUGUCACAAGUGCGCCAAUCCAAAAGGAAGAAAACCAACAAGAGACAGCAGGCAGAAGAGGAGGAAGAAAUGGAAGAAAUGAAUACGGAUAAGGAAAGGUCUCCAGAGCAGGGUAGUUUACAAGCUGAGCGAUCACUGGAGGAGCUUGAACAAGAGAGAGCUGGGAAAGAGAAACUAGAACAGGAGCUUGUACAAGCUCAGAAAUUAGAACAAGAGAGGAUGGAAAAAGAAAGACAGGAGAAGCUUCAACAGGAACUAGCGGAGAACGAGCGUGCAAGGUUGGAGAAGCUGGAGGAGGAGAGGCUUGAAGAAGAGAGGCAGGAGAAGCUCGAGCAGGAACGUCUGCAUGCUGAACAAGCUGAGAGAGAGCGUUUGAGGUUGGAGAAGUUGGAAGAGGAGAGGAUUGAGAAAGAAAGAGAAGAGAAGCUUCAGCAGGAGCUCGCAGAGAAAGAGCGAUUGAAAUUGGAGAAGAUGGAAGAAGAGAGGAUUGAAAAAGAAAGACAAGAGAAGCUUCAGCAGGAGCUUGCAGAGAAAGAACGAUUGGAGCAACUAAAGAUUGAGAGGGAAAGACAGGAGGAGCUAGAACAAACGGAGCAAGCCUUGAAACGUGAAGAAAAAAAGAAUGCAGAAAGUGGUGUGAGAGGAAGAAGAGCAGCCAGAAGAACAGUCACAAGGUCAAAAGAUUCGGAGCAAGACUUGGCUUGUGCCCGAGUGACUCGAAGUAGGUCUCGUUCCAAUUCCUCUAACUCAGUGACUUCAGAGACCUCGACCUCAAGUGUCAACACGCAGGCCAGCCGAGGGAGAGCAAGGGGUGCCAAGGGUCCAGUCCAGACUACCAUUCCAAGUUACACCAGUAGGAGGAGGACUGUGGCUGCACCUACUGAGCAAGACAGCGAUAUUCCUGCCCCCGCAGUCAUUUCAAGGUCCAACUCUUCCACGUCCCUCAACUCUGAGGUCUCAAACAGCAGCAGCAGCGUCAGUCAGAACCGGGGAGGAGGAGGAGGAGGCAGGGUACGAGGACGUGGGCGAAAGUCAACACCUCUGACAAAUUCCUGUGAUUCUGUCAGCGGUCAGGGUGAUGGUGGCUCAACCGCUAAGUCAAGAGGAAGAGGCCGGAGGACCCUCAGCAGGGCUGUGGAGAUGCCUGAACCGACACUGUCUACCUCACGCGGGAAGAGGCUUGCAAGUGCAAAGGAACCUACAGCUCAAGAGGAACAGGACCCCUCCGUUUCUGAGGGUCCGUCUUCUACCAAGAGCUCUCUUCCAUCCAGUCGGACAAUCAGGGGCAGAAGCCUGAAGAUAAAGACUGAAGCUACUGAGGCACUGGUUGCUUCUGAAGUCGCAGAUGAAGGUCAGGAUAAGAGAAGAGGGAGAAAGAGAGAAUUUCCAGAAAGUUCCACAACAGUAAUAGAGGAAGCACAAGGUGAGAACCUGGCUCCGACUCAAGCUAAAAGACGAGGCAGGCAGUCCAAUGUUCCUGCCAAUAAGACCACCAAAGGUACUCCAUCAGCGAUAGAAGUGAAGGAAGAGAUGGGAACAGAGAGUGCUGUUCAGAGGAGAGGCAAAGGUCGGACACAAGAGGUCCAAAAGCAGGAAAACAUGGAUGAGAGUAGUGGAUCAUCAGAGUUGUCUCUGCCUCAGACCCCUGUUAGUCAAACAUCCCGAAAGAGACAAGCACCUGUCAAAUCUUCACCUGUGCCAAGGACCCCAAGGUCCUCUGCUGCUUCUCCAGCUGGUAGUCGACUCGGACCUAGUUAUAAGGUGUUGUACACUGGUGUUGUGGAUGAAGCUGGUGAGAAAGUUCUGACUCGCUUAGGAGGCAGCAUGGCCAAAGGUGUCGCCGACAUGAACUGUCUGGUGACCGAUAAAGUGCGCAGGACCGUCAAGUUCCUCUGUGCUGUCGCUAAAGGAAUCCCGGUGGUCACCACCAACUGGCUGGAAAAGAGUGGGAAAGCAGGCAGCUUCCUGGAGCCAGGUGCCUUUAUUGUGAAAGAUCCAGAACAGGAAAAGAAGUUUAAUUUCUCUCUGGCGGAGUCUCUCAGGGUUGCCAGCAAUCAGCCCCUCCUUCAGGGAUUCGAAAUCCAUAUCACAAAGUCGGUGAAGCCGGAGCCUGUUCAUAUGAAAGACAUUCUGUCCUGCAGUGGGGCGACCUUUCUUCCGAAAAUGCCAUCUUCUCGGAAGCCACGCACCAUAGUGAUUUCCUGCGAGGACGACUCUCAGCUGUGCGCUCCGGCUUUCUCCGCCUCCAUCCCUGUCGUCUCUGCCGAGUUCAUUCUCUCUGGGAUCCUCCAACAGAAGGUUGACUUGGAAACUCACAAGCUUUGCGCCCCUGCUGCCAGUCUCCCCGCCGCCGGAGGCCGGGGGAAAGCCAGGAAGAAGUCCUAGCUUCCAAACUGUAGCACUGCAGUAAAAGAACGGGAAUCGAUAGGUAGAUUUCAAGCACUGCAGUCAGGCCACAUAGCUGUGGCUAGACUAGUUUCAACCUUUCGCUUGACGUCUAGAAAUCUCUCGUGAUGUUUUUAGAGAUGCAACGUCUUUUAAAAAAGGAGGUAUUUUAUGAUAUCUGAAGGGACAUGAUCCUCAGUGUGAAACAUGGUAGCAGCUGUAGACUGCCUUCGUGGCCAAAUGAUAAAAAAUGAUUCAGCUUGAGAUUAUCAGUUGUCGGCCCAUAAAUCUAACCACACGUUGCCUGACAUCGUGUUGAGACCCAUGAGAUCAGAGCGCCACAGCAGAACCAUUGUGGUCGUGCUUCUUCAGAAAGCAUGUUUCUCUGCUGUGAAAUCUUCAGUCACAUUCUGUUGUAAACAAAUUGUUCUAGAGUUUAAUUCCUUUAUUAGCCAGCAGAGGUCACUGUUAUCUUGAAUCGAUAACGUCCUUAUUAGAUGCAAUGACAAAUAUUAAUAGUGUUUUGUUUGUCUCUUUGAUGUAUUUGAAUAACCACACUGUUCUGUCUAAAGUGUCUGUGGAAACUGGCUCUGCACCAGGCUGCCUUUUAAGAUCUUCCACUUGCAAACCUGCAGUCUUCCAUCGGCAGGAGCAGAAGGUGUGUGGUUGCUGCUGCGCUCCGGACAUUUCAAGCGUCUAUUAGGGCUUUAUGUAAGCAACCAUGAAGCAGGCUUAAAUCAUAUUUUAGCACCACAUUGAAACAGAUUGGUCCAUCAGUUUUUUUGUGCCUUGAUGAGAAGCUUAUUGUGCCUUUUACUCUGAGCUAAUCUUAAAACAUCUCUGCCAGUCUGUGUUUCUAUCUCCAUUAACAUCCUCCACCGCCGCCAUUAAGGACUCAUCCAGUCCUAUUAGGUCCAGAGAUGAGAUACCUGAAUGCUGAUGCUGCAUCUUUGUCUUCCAUAUCUAAUGGCAGAUGUCCUUGACGUGCAUUUACUGAACGACACUUGGCCUUUUUUCCCCUCUUCUUGUUGCAUUAAAAGCUCAGAGCUAGUGUUUCAUCGUUUCUGUUUGAGUUCUUAAACUCUGUUUUAGAGACCUCAACUAGCUUGCUGGGUUUAUGCCAACAUAUCUAAUGUAUGCUUAUGCCCAUAAGGGAAUGCUGUUGUGAACCAAACCAACCAUUAAAUAAUUUCUUUAAAUGAAAAA